CCCUUCGGCCUCAGGAUGAUGGCCGGGGCCCGCGGGACGAGAGGGCCACUCCUGCUCCUGCAGGGCGCUCUCCUCGGAUUCGUGGCAGGGAAAGAAGUCAGAUCGGCCCUGCAGAGCCUCCCGCAGCCGAUGUCUCCCUCCGAUUUCCUAGACAAGCUGAUGGGCCGGACGUCUGGUUACGAUGCUCGCAUAAGGCCCAACUUCAAAGGCCCGCCCGUCAAUGUGACAUGCAACAUCUUCAUCAACAGCUUUGGUUCAGUCACAGAAACGACCAUGGAUUACCGGGUCAAUGUCUUUCUGCGGCAGCACUGGAAUGACCCCCGCCUGGCUUAUUGGGAAUACCCUGACAGCUCCCUCGAUUUGGACCCCUCCAUGCUGGACUCCAUCUGGAAGCCGGACCUCUUCUUUGCCAAUGAGAAGGGGGCGAACUUCCAUGAGGUCACUACAGACAACAAGCUCCUGCGCAUUUUCAGAAACGGGGGUGUGCUGUAUAGCAUUAGGCUGACUCUUAUCCUCUCCUGCCCCAUGGAUCUCAAGAACUUCCCUAUGGACACUCAGAUAUGCACCAUGCAGCUGGAGAGCUUUGGUUACACCAUGAAUGACCUGAUCUUUGAGUGGGAGACGGAGCAGGAGGCUGUGCAGGUGGCUGAAGGCUUAACACUCCCUCAGUUUAUUCUGCGGGAUGAGAAAGAACUGGGCUAUUGCACCAAAUCCUACAACACAGGGCAGUUCACCUGCAUCGAAGUGAAGUUCCGCCUGGAGAGGCAGAUGGGCUACUAUCUGAUCCAGAUGUACAUCCCAAGCUUGCUGAUUGUCAUCCUUUCUUGGGUCUCCUUUUGGAUCAACAUGGAUGCUGCACCAGCCCGGGUGGGGCUCGGCAUUACCACUGUGCUGACCGUGACCACCCAGAGUGCAGGGUCUCGGGCAUCCUUGCCUAAGGUCUCCUACGUCAAAGCCAUUGAUAUCUGGAUGGCCGUCUGUCUGCUCUUCGUCUUUGCCGCCCUGCUGGAAUAUGCGGCGGUCAACUUUGUCUCGCGCCAGCAUAAGGAGCUCCUGCGCCUACGGCGGAGCCAACGGCGGCAGAGGAUGGAAGAAGAGGUGGUCCGUGAGAGCCGCUUCUACUUCCAGGGCUAUGGACUGGGCCAUUGCCUGCAGCGCAUGAAAACUGGGGCAGCCAUGGAAAGCCCCACCUGCAGCCCGCCGGCGCCAGCCUCCCUCCUGCGGGAAGGAGAAAUGCUCCGGAGGCGCUACGUGGAGCGGGCCAAGCGCAUCGACACCAUCUCCCGGGCCGUCUUCCCCUUCGCUUUCCUGCUCUUCAACAUCUUCUACUGGGUGCUCUACCGAGUGCUGCACCAAGCGGCCCCUUGAAGCCCAAGGGGCGGGACGUGCCUUUCGGUGGCUUCCUUGGGAGCUUCUGGGCUGGAGGGCAGACACGCCCUGAUUCCUUUCCCAAAUGCCAUGCCGAGACAUUUGGCAGACUUUGCACAAGGCCCAGGCUUGCAAAAGAAAGGUAUGGGACAUGCACCACUGCUGAGCAUGAUAGGAUUUGGGGUGGCCGUAUUUCAUCAGGAGGAGCACUGCGGGAGGCCGCCUGUCUUUUCUAGAGUUGUGCUUGGGG